AUGAAUAACGGCCCAGGUGCGAUGGCGACUUCCCAGGCGUCACUGUCACACUUGAGCGGGGACAUGCGCGGGGAGUUCCGCAAGGCUGGAGCCUCUGACGUGGUGUUGCACAGGAGGAAUGGUGGCAGUAAUAGAAAUGAGCAGGGCGUGAAUGAUCAUGAGAUUGUGGGGAUGGCCGCAUUUGCACAGAAUAGCUCGGCUGGUGGUGGUGAUUACAGUGGUGGUGAUUACAGUGGUGGUGAGUACAGUGGUAGUGAUUAUGGUGGUGGUGACUAUAAUGGAGGCAGCCAUGGUGGCGAUAAUAAUGGAGGCAACAACGAUGAUGACUAUAAUGGUGGUGUAACGGUGACUGGUGAAAACGGUGGUGACUAUCCUGGUGGUGACUUUAGUGAUUUUGUCGCUGUUGACAGCGUUGUUGUCAAUGGGGAGGGCUGCCGCUGUGUUGGUGGUGAUGGUGGAAACGGCGACAGUGGAAACGGCGGUAGCGGCGGAAGCAUCGACAUCACCGGGAUUCUCGAGGAGCACAACAAGGCACGAAAGGAAGUGGGUGUGCCCGACCUGGCGUGGGAUGAGAAAAUAGCAGCAUCAGCACAGGCAUGGGCAGCCUUCCUGGCAUCCCUCGGUUGCCCUCUGGAGAACAAUGGAGAAGAGGGGUUCGGGAAGAACCUCUAUUGGCUGUCGUCCGCAGAGCUAACCCCAAGGGAGGAUCGUAGGGCGGUGCAGUCAUGGGUGGAAGAGAAGGCGGACUGGACCCCCAGCCCGGUUCCUGAUGGGUGUGCGGAAGGCAAGAUGUGUGGGCACUACACGCAGGUGGUAUGGCGCGAGACCACUCGUGUCGGCUGCUCCUCUGCUCAGUGCCCUGAUGGCUCGGGCAUUUGGGUGUGCGACUACUUGCCCCCGGGCAACUUCGCUGUAGGCGACGGGUCAGGCGCAAGGAGACGAGCCGCGGAGUACGAAAAAGAGGCCUAUCAGAACCUCCCCGCCUCUGGCGGCGGAAAAGGCGGGAACGGGGAAGGCGGAUCUGUGCGGGGAGGCGCGGAGAAGCAAGCGGGGAGCGCAAGGGGGGGAGUGGCAGAGGCGGGGGGCCGCGCGGAGGUGCGGUGGCGCGCGGAGAGGCUGCGUGUGCAGUGGUCGGGUCCGCCCAUGGGGGAGGAGGUGCAGCAGCGCGUGGCAGCGGCGACGGCGGUGGUGGCGGAUGAGCGGAAGAGGCUCAACGCGCAGCCGUUCCAGCUGCACAUUCUGGUGAGUGGUGGAGCUCGGUGUAGCGUUGUGGUGAGAGCGGAGUGCGACAGCAAGGGGCUGAAGGCGCUGCUGCAGUCACUGCAGGACGUGAAGUAUGGAGAGGACGAGGCGCAGCUCACAGUGGCGACAACCUGCAGUGCUGCUGCCCGGAGUGCCCAGGUGAGAGCGGAGUGCGACAGCAAGGGGCUGAAGGCGCUGCUACAGUCACUGCAGGACGUGAAGUAUGGAGAGGACGAGGUGCAGCUCACUCACAGUGGCCACCGCCUGCAGUGCUGCUGCCACGAGUGCUCAGGCUUUGCCAGAUUCCCUCCAAUGCUUCAAAGAUGCUCUCACCCAUCCCUCCUCCCUCACUUUCCCCCCUCCCAUUCCUCCCCCACCCAGGAGUUCCCCUGGUUCCACGGGCCGAGGCGCGUAAUCGAGCUAUCAGGCAACAGUGCCAAGCCCACCGACCCGCUGCCCCUCUGCUUAAAGCCCUCGCUCUCGCGCCCGCUGUUGCUGGUAGCCCUCACGCACACACUGAAACCUUCCCGUCCCCGUCUUCCCAUCCGCCUCCCACCCACAGGAGUUCCCCUGGUUCCACGGGCCAAGGCGCCGCCCCCUGCCGGGAAGGUGAGACGGUUAGGAGCAGUAGGAGGGGUAGGAGGAGCGGGAGGGGUGGGAGGGGCGGGGGAAGGGCGGGGGGAGCGGGGGCACGCGGGGGGAGCACGGGGAGAAGCGGGAAUGGGGGUGCUGUCAUUAGCAAUGGCUCACUCAUGCCAGGUGGUGUUUCCUCAGCCGUGGCGGCAGUUCUGGGCGUGGCAUGUGCUGUCGCAGGCCCAGCAGGUCAACUCCGCCCAUCUCAAGUUCGACUGGGAUGCCUAUGACUUCAGCGCGCCCUGCAGGGAAGGUGAGAUGGAGAGAGGGAGGGAGGUGUCUGGUUGGGCAGUUCUGGGCGUGGCACGCGCUGUCGCAGGCCCAGCAGGUCAACAGCGCUCACCUCAAGUUCGACUGGGAGGCAAGGCAGGGAAGGUGAGACGGUGGGAGGGGUCCAAAUCGGCGAGCAAGCUUCCUGACAUACACUGGCGAGUGAGCUUCCUAACAUACGUGGAGGAAAACGACCUUUACAACCUUAUGCUACGCACACUCGAUCCUCAAGAGGACCUGAACAGCCCCACACGUCUCUGCUACUCCAUCAACUCCCAACCCCCUCUCGCCUACCCAACCCCUCCCCGUCCCUCCACCCAUUCCUCGGAGGUGCCGCGGGGGGAGGUGGCGUGGAGUGUGGGCGAGCUGAGAGGGCUGCUGCAGCGCAUUGCCCGGCACUCUGCUGUGGCUGGCGUCAUGGUGUCACCUGGAUACGAUGAUAUGCUCAACAACUGGGUCUGCUACGUCAAGUGCGGGCGAGGUGAGAGGGUUGCUGUAGCCAGGCACUUCGCUGUGGCGGGAGUCAUGGUGUCUCCGGGCUAUGAUGACAUGCUCAACAACUCGAGCGAAUGCGGAUGGGUGAGUGUGGGGGAGGGAUGGGUGAGUGUGGGGGAGGGAUGGGUGAGUGUGGGGGAGGGAUGGGUGAGUGUGGGGGAGGGAUGGGUGAGUGUGGGGGAGGGAUGGGUGAGUGUGGGGGAGGGAUGGGUGAGUGUGUGGGAGGGAUGGGUGGGUGUGGGGGAGGGAUGGGUGAGUGUGGGGGAGGGAUGGGUGAGUGUGGGGGAGGGAUGGGUGAGUAUGGGGGAGGGAUGGGUGAGUGUGGGGGAGGGAUGGGUGAGUGUGGGGGAGGGAUGGGUGAGUGUGGGGGAGGGAUGGAUGAGUGUGGGGGAGGGAGGGGUGAGUGUGGGGGAGGGAUGGGUGAGUGUGGGGGAGGGAUGGGUGAGUGUGGGGGAGGGAUGGGUGAGUGUGGGGGAGGGAUGGGUGAGUGUGGGGGAGGGAUGGGUGAGUGUGGGGGAGGGAUGGAUGAGUGUGGGGGAGGGAUGGAUGAGUGUGGGGGAGGGAUGGAUGAGUGUGGGGGAGGGAUGGAUGAGUGUGGGGGAGGGAUGGAUGAGUGUGGGGGAGGGAUGGGUGAGUGUGGGGGAGGGAUGGGUGAGUGUGGGGGAGGGAUGGGUGAGUGUGGGGGAGGGAUGGGUGAGUGUGGGGGAGGGAUGGGUGAGUGUGGGGGAGGGAUGGUGUGGGGGAGGGAUGGGUGGGUGUGGGGGAGGGAUGGAUGAGUGUGGGGGAGGGAUGGAUGAGUGUGGGGGAGGGAUGGAUGAGUGUGGGGGAGGGAUGGAUGAGUGUGGGGGAGGGAUGGGUGAGUGUGGGGGAGGGAUGGGUGAGUGUGGGGGAGGGAUGGGUGAGUGUGGGGGAGGGAUGGAUGAGUGUGGGGGAGGGAUGGAUGAGUGUGGGGGAGGGAUGGAUGAGUGUGGGGGAGGGAUGGAUGAGUGUGGGGGAGGGAUGGAUGAGUGUGGGGGAGGGAUGGAUGAGUGUGGGGGAGGGAUGGAUGAGUGUGGGGGAGGGAUGGAUGAGUGUGGGGAGGGAUGGAUGAGUGUGGGGGAGGGAUGGAUGAGUGUGGGGGAGGGUUGGGUGAGUGUGGGGGAGGGAUGGAUGAGUGUGGGGGAGGGAUGGAUGAGUGUGGGGGAGGGAUGGAUGAGUGUGGGGGAGGGAUGGAUGAGUGUGGGGGAGGGAUGGGUGAGUGUGGGGGAGGGAUGGAUGAGUGUGGGGGAGGGAUGGAUGAGUGUGGGGGAGGGAUGGAUGAGUGUGGGGGAGGGAUGGAUGAGUGUGGGGGAGGGAUGGGUGAGUGUGGGGGAGGGAUGGGUGAGUGUGGGGGAGGGAUGGGUGAGUGUGGGGGAGGGAUGGGUGAGUGUGGGGGAGGGAUGGGUGAGUGUGGGGGAGGGAUGGGUGAGUGUGGGGGAGGGAUGGGUGAGUGUGGGGGAGGGAUGGGUGAGUGUGGGGGAGGGAUGGGUGAGUGUGGGGGAGGGAUGGGUGAGUGUGGGGGAGGGAUGGGUGAGUGUGGGGGAGGGAUGGGUGAGUGUGGGGGAGGGAUGGGUGAGUGUGGGGGAGGGAUGGGUGAGUGUGGGGGAGGGAUGGGUGAGUGUGGGGGAGGGAUGGGUGAGUGUGGGGGAGGGAUGGGUGAGUGUGGGGGAGGGAUGGGUGAGUGUGGGGGAGGGAUGGAUGAGUGUGGGGGAGGGAUGGAUGAGUGUGGGGGAGGGAUGGAUGAGUGUGGGGGAGGGAUGGAUGAGUGUGGGGGAGGGAUGGAUGAGUGUGGGGGAGGGAUGGAUGAGUGUGGGGGAGGGAUGGGUGAGUGUAGGGGAGGGAUGGAUGAGUGUGGGGGAGGGAUGGAUGAGUGUGGGGGAGGGAUGGAUGAGUGUGGGGGAGGGAUGGGUGAGUGUGGGGGAGGGAUGGAUGAGUGUGGGGGAGGGAUGGAUGAGUGUGGGGGAGGGAUGGAUGAGUGUGGGGGAGGGAUGGAUGAGUGUGGGGGAGGGAUGGGUGAGUGUGGGGGAGGGAUGGGUGAGUGUGGGGGAGGGAUGGGUGAGUGUGGGGGAGGGAUGGAUGAGUGUGGGGGAGGGAUGGAUGAGUGUGGGGGAGGGAUGGAUGAGUGUGGGGGAGGGAUGGAUGAGUGUGGGGGAGGGAUGGAUGAGUGUGGGGGAGGGAUGGAUGAGUGUGGGGGAGGGAUGGGUGAGUGUGGGGGAGGGAUGGAUGAGUGUGGGGGAGGGAUGGAUGAGUGUGGGGGAGGGAUGGGUGAGUGUGGGGGAGGGAUGGAUGAGUGUGGGGGAGGGAUGGAUGAGUGUGGGGGAGGGAUGGAUGAGUGUGGGGGAGGGAUGGGUGACCAGGGAUGGCGAACACCCUUUUUUGGGGAAGUUCGGUUCGCCGAGCGGCCAUGUUCGUGCAAGGGCGGCCAUGUUCGUGCAAGGUUCGUGCAAGGAGCUUCAAAUCCGAAACUUCUUUAUAAUCACGCAGGACCCGGCACACGCGUUCUCCUUGAAGCGGAGGGGCUUUGCAGUGUACUGUGCUGGGUGCAGCAAGCCAGGGGCAGGCGAGGGUGUGGCCCAGCUAGAAGAGAAAGGGAACCCAUGCGGAGGGUUCUUGCUCCUGGUUCACACCCGAAAGCUUAUCGUGCUCUGGGAUUUACUGACUGCUAUGUUUGAGCAGCAUAUCGACUGGCUUAAAACGCAUCCCUCUAAAAGGGAUCCGGACGAGUACCGGAGGUUCCUGCGCUCGCAGCAGCACAACCACGAGCAGAAGUUUUUAAACGAUUUACUUAGGCAGAAGAGAUACGCAGUGCAGCUGCAGGGGCUGGAUCCGCUGCUGUUUAUCAAUGGGAGGGACUACUGGGACCGGAGGAAGGCACAGAAGGAAGGGGUGACGCCGGUGAUGAUUCACAACAACUACAUCAUCUCCAAAUGGAACAAGACGAGGAGGUUUCUCAUUAAGGGCAUGUGGCGGGUCGACCAUAGAGGCCAAGCGUGCAAGUGCCUGGCUCUCUCCUGCACGCGUCCCAAGGACCCUUGGUCACUCACCAGCAACCCCACCCUCCCUGCUGCGCUGAGGGCCACGGCUGGGAUCAAGCCGCAAUCUCUGCCCAAGCGAAGGCGAGGAGGAGGCAGCAAGCAGAAGAGCCAAGUAGGGCCUGUUCCUGCCACAAACUCUACUUUCGCCACGGCUGGUGGUGCUGGUGCUGCUGGUGGUGCUGGUGCUGGUGGUAAGGCUGGUGGUGCUGCUGGGAGGGCAGCAAAGCUAGUCGGAAGCCUGUUGAGAAGUGUGGUUGGGAGCGGGAGGAAGGAUGCUGAGACGGGAGGGGCAGAGAAGGGAGGAGGGUUGAAGGAGGGUAAAGCAGCCCAAGGAGCAGCAAAACCACUGGGAAAAGAAGUGCAAACGGGGAAGAAGAUGGAGCUCCAGCAGCAGCAGAAAUUGACAGGGAGAGGGACAGGGACAGGGACAGGGGCAGUGAGAGUAGGCUAA